AUGAUACACCUGAUAACACCAGCUCUCGUAUGUGAGCAUAUAGCAGGGCAUCCUUUGGAUCAUAUUCCUUCUAUCGAAUGUUUACAACUGUUAGAAUAUUGUUUACAAGCACCAGUAGAAAGAUUACAUAAUGUAGCAUUACUGCCAUUGUCGGAUGGCAGUUGGACAACGUUUGAUUGUCAAUCAAAACAGCAUACACCUAUUUACUAUUUGGAAAAGGGCGAAGAUAUUGUUGCAAAAAUUUUAGUAGGACUAGAGAAACAAUUUUCAAAGCUUUCACUAUCGGAAAAAGUGAAUUCAAUAAUUGGGAAUAUCGCACGAGCAGAAGCUAUCAAUAAAUCAGAUAAAAAUAUUCUUCAAUCUAUUGUUCAAAAAGACUUCACCGAUGUACAAAACCUCAGUUUAAAAUCAUGCAUAGCGCAGGCUGCUCACAUAAUACAACAAAACGAUUCACUCAGAGAACUGGUAGGUGGAUUAUCAAUAUUUCGAAACUCUGCUAAAAUUGCACAGUUCAUUUCAAUAGCUGAGAGCCAGUACUGCAUGCCAUUAUUUCCCGAUAAUAUUCCGAUUCAACGACCUCUGAUUAUGUGCAGCGAUGAUGAUACAAAUAUAUUAAUGAAAGUCUUAUCAAUUCCAGUUUAUUCACAAGCAAAACUUACUUUGGAAGUUCUGAAAUACUGUAUAGAAAGUAAUCUAUCGCAUCAUGUGUUAACAGUCAGCAAAUGGAUAAUGAAUAAUUGGUCGAGUCUUCAGGUACAGUUACCCACUUUUGCUGAACAAUGGUUUAGAUUAUCAUUCAUAUACGACAAUGGUGAAUAUCAUACAGCUGAUUUUUAUUAUGAUCCAUAUGAUGAUAUAAUCAAACAACUCGUUGAAGAAGAGAAAUAUUUACCAUUGCUAUAUCGAACGGAGCCAUACUAUUCGAUUUUAAAAGUGCAAUUACAGUCAAAAAUGAAUGACGAUGAUAUCGAUAACUGUCUCUGCAAAAUCGAAAAGUUAAAUGACAGCAAAGAUAACAAAAUUUCUGUAUUGAGCAGCGUAAGUGUAUUAUUCAGUUAUUAGUUUAGUUUCACAGUUCAGAUCCUUGUUUUCUUCUUUGAAUAACUUUAAACACUCAACUCUCAAGUUUCAUUUUAUCAUUCUGUGCAUUCAACAAUUCCCUCUCGAAUCUCUCUCAUUCUACCAAGCAACCAAAUUUAGUCUAUAUCUUUGGACGACAAAGACAUUUUAUUAAUUUGAAAAUGAAUCGAUUUGGUUGAGGAGUUUCUAAGUUAUAGGCGCUACAGAUACCACUGAUCUGCUAUUAUUUGUCAAGAUAAACAUACCAGUACAUAAUGCUAGUUUGAAGAAAGUUAUUCUAGAUAAAAAAAGGGAUUUGGGACCAUUCUUGAUCUGAAAAACAUCAAAAUUCGUCUUACUGGUACUACUAAAGUAGUUAUGCCUGUGUGCGACUCUGUACAUUCUCGACAUUCUCGGAUUGCUGUAAGACAGUUUCAAUUGUUCAGUCAUUUGACACGCUGAUCACGAAUAAGCCAUCGGGAUUGAGCAGUAGGUUAAGGUAUAAAAAACUACCUAGCAAAUACUUUUUUGUCGAUUUUUCAUGGUUUUUUCCUGUGUUUAGUAUUUGAUGAUUAUUUGAGUGAUAACAAACUCAAAAAGAAAUCUCGCAGACACAAAUGUAGCUUGAAAUUUUGCGCUCUACAAAACCCAUAUGCUUUCAUCGACAUCCGAGACUAUGACCGUAAGCGUGGUACAGAUCCCAUGGAAUCACCCUUAUGCACACCCUCACUCUCACCUACUCACCCUCAAGUCUCCACCCAUAGUUACCCAUACCCACAUAUCCAGACUAUCUAGCUGCAGCUUCCACGAACUGUAUCUGUAGUUGAAACAUCUUUUCUAGUGGUUUCUAACUCAAGUAGGCCCUUCUCUACGAGCUUGCACAAAGUAAAUCCCAGAUGAUGUUCCCAGCACAACACAGUAUUAUUAUUAUAUCACAAUAAAAAUAGGAACUCAUUUUUACAAUAUGAAAAUAUUCAC